CUCAUACAGAGAAACUCUCUCGUGGUGGUUGGUUGAAAUUUCACUUCGCUCUCGCGGAGUUUUUUGAAGUUGCUCUUGAAAGUGCUGUUUACGCCAGCAAACGGACCGUUUAAAUUAAUAAUUUUUAAAUAAAUCGAACGAAACUGUAGGCCAAGCGUGCUAAUAUACGGCUAAUCUAAUUCAGAACUUUCGUUGAGGGUGUACUCCUCGCUCCUUGUCGCGUGUGCUUUAUUCUUGCGAGAUUCCUUCGUGCUGGAUACGGUUGUGGUUGAUUACAUACAUACAUAUAUGCAUACAUUUUUACAAAUCCAGUUCUCGUUUUGUUGUGUAUGGCUGUGUCUAUGCCUAUGCGUGUACAUAUGCAUGUAUGAACAUAAAGAGUGGAGAGUAAAAUUACAUGUUUAUCCUGAAGAAAAAGCGUAUUUCAGUGUAUGUAUCUCGAAAUGGUACUUAUCUAAGGCUGAUCAAACGACGUAGCUACGAUAAAAAUUAAAUGAACUUAAAAUGUAUAUUUUUGAAAUAUAAGAAUUAAAAAGGAUCAAGGAGUAUUAAUUAUACGCUAAAUUAAGCAAGGAACAAAUAUGGAAUACAAACUGGAGCUCAUUCUUUCAAGUUGAGCCUUAAAAUAACAUAAGUCAAAAGAUACACAUAUUAUUAUGUAUUAUGCGGUACCAAUACCAACAGAUCACAUCAAGCUUUUAACUAUAAAAUAAGCAAUUAAAAGUUUAUUGAUCACACACACACACAACAAUAUACCUAUCUCUUAAAAUGGAGUUUUUUAUAAGGAUGCACUGCAUAUUGUGGAAUGUAUAUUUAAUUUGUGUUUUUCUGAUGGCGCCACGGGUUUAUGCUAAUGCUGCAGCUGGAUCGCAAGGUGUGCCGACAUGGAUAUGUCUUGGAAUAAGAUCGCCGUUUAUUGAAUUUGGAAGUCAAGAGGAACAGCUGGCGAAUACAAGUAUUCCUCUUAAUAUCACUAAAGAUGAACAAGCAUAUAUGCACCAAGAGGGUCUGCGUAAACUUGGUACUUUUAUAAAGCCUGUAGAUUUGCGAGACUCUCAGACUGGAUUUGUAAAAGCAGAUCUCACUAAAAGACUGACAAAUGAUCCGCAAAGAUCUCGGCGCAUUCAUCCGAUACAGGAAGAAAUGGAUCAAAAACAAAUUGUACUUCUUGACGAUGAUACUGAUGAAAAUGGUCUGCCCGCUAGCUUAACUGAUGAGGACCGCAAGUUUAUAGUUCCAAUGGCACUAAAAAAUGCAUCUCCUGAUCCUGGGUGGAUUGAUUCUACCUCUUCCCAUCCUCCCAUUGUAAAGUCAACAUUCGUAGCAGCUUCCAAUGCACAACGUCGAGCCACGCCAAUAACGCACAGCAGUACAACGACGAAACUAGAAGUGGACCCUUCUUCCAAUAUAGACGAUUUAAAGAAGCACAUACUGUUUUUGCAUAAUAUGACUAAAACCAAUACAAACUUUGAGUCAAAGUUUGUUAAAUUCCCAAGCUUGCAAAAGGACAAAGCUAAGCAGGCCGCUAGUGCAUCAACGAACGUAAAACGUCCGCCUAGACCAGUUUUCCAAUAUGCUGCGCCGAUAGCCCCGCCGACACGCAAAGUUCCACAGGGCGCACAUACUCCAGGUCAACAGCCGUUUGGCGGUUACUACCAUAACGAUGAAGAUAUAAACAAUUUGUCGUCUUUUCUUAAACCAGUUUCGGAUACCAAUGAUUCUGCUCAAAGCGAUGGGGGCAGAAAGUUGGAUAAAAUCCCCAUAGUUCCUCAAGUACACUUAUUGAAUGAGGAUCAGUCAACGACAUGGUUGACCACUGAAGAGCCAGUGCCGACAAUAGUAAGUCCAGGAAAUUUGGAACCCGUACGCACAACGAAGCGCCCGGCUUGUCUUCGUAAUCCAGAAUCGCCAAAAUGUAUACGCCAGCGGCGACGCGAAGAGCAACAGCGCCAGCGUGAGCGUGAUGAGUGGUUUCGAGGUCAAUCAGAAUACAUACAACCUCGAUUUCAGCCUAUUAUACAAACGAUCAAUAAUACCAGGCGUUUCGCUGUUUCCAUUGAGAUACCAGAUUCUUUUAAAGCACAUACCGCUUUGACUUACCCAUCCGACGAAACAGAGGGUGAAAAGGUGAACCGUAUGAAGCGUUCUCAGCCACGCGGUCAUAAACCCAUGAAAGAUUUGAUUGACGGCUCUGUUGAUAAACAUACUCGCGAAACUGGUUAUUUUGAUCGGGAUAUUGUGAUGACAUCUGCAGAUGUCGCCAGUGGACGCGAUUUCCUGAUCGCUAAGAUGACCGAAAACGGCUUAGUAUCGCCUAAUGAACAGUACAAUGAUACAUCAAGGCUAAAUGCCUACUCUGAAAAAAUAGACCUAAAUCCUAAUAGCUGUUAUAAAAUCAAUGGCUUAAGCUACGGUCAGAAAAAACAAUGUAUGAAGCAUACUAGUGUUAUGCCAGCGAUUAGCCGUGGUGCUCGUGCAGCUAUUCAAGAGUGUCAGUUUCAAUUUAAAAGUCGUCGCUGGAACUGCAGUACAACAGACGACGAAACCGUUUUUGGUCCUAUGACAAAUUUGGCGGCACCAGAAAUGGCAUUUAUUCAUGCACUUGCAGCAGCAACAGUGACUAGCUUCAUAGCCCGAGCAUGUCGAGAUGGCCAGUUAGCGUCGUGUGGCUGCUCGCGUGGGAAUCGACCUAAACAGCUUCAUGACGAUUGGACAUGGGGAGGUUGUGGUGACAACCUGGAAUACGCUUAUAAAUUUGCUACUGAUUUCAUUGAUGUGCGAGAGAAGGAGGCUCAUCGUGAAACUCGCGGGGUUCGCAAAGGGACUCGCGAAUUGAUCCAAAUGCAGGCUGACGAUAUGAAAACAUUUGGAACAACCGAAUUAGGAACAACAAAUUCAACGAUUUUGAUUGAUGAAAAAAAUGACAAUAUCGACAAUGUCUCUAAAGAACUCAGUAAAAGGCCGAGUGGUAACAAUAGUUAUUUACGUAACGAUCUUGUUGUCGCAGCAGCUCCAAUAAAUCUUACAAAAAAGGAAGAUAGUGGACCAGACCUACCAGACGAUCUAUUCGAGCUUCAGCAACGUAUUACAAAAGAAAUACUCAAUUCAAAACUAGAGGGAAGAGAAAUGCUGGUAUUGCAGGAAAAAAUUAAUCGAGAGAUUUUAAACUCGAAAAUUUUUCAAGCAGACGGUAAAAGCAAGAGACGUAAACGGAAGCGGAAAAAUCAACGGGCUGUAGUUGAAGACGCGCCUAAUGCUAGUACCAAUGACAGAGGAAAUUAUGUGGAUAGAGUGGAUACUCGAACCACAACAACUACCAAGGCUCGAAGCCUAAUGAAUUUACAUAACAAUGAAGCAGGUCGUCGGGCCGUUAUUAAGAAAACUCGAAUAACUUGCAAGUGUCAUGGAGUCUCUGGAUCAUGCAGUUUAAUUACUUGCUGGCAGCAAUUAUCAAGUAUAAGAGAAAUUGGUGAUUAUCUGCGGGAGAAAUACGAAGAGGCAACUAAAGUGAAGCUUAAUAAACGAGGACGCCUUCAGGUCAAAGAUUCGCAGUUUAAAGUACCCACAGCGCACGACCUUAUUUACAUAGAUGAAAGUCCCGACUGGUGUCGAAAUAAUUAUGUGCUGCAUUGGCCUGGUACGCAUGGGCGAGUUUGUCAGAAGAGCUCAUCGGGUCUUGAUAGCUGUGCUAUACUUUGCUGCGGUAGAGGCUAUAAUACCAAAAAUAUUGUGGUCCACGAACGGUGUAAUUGCAAGUUCCAUUGGUGCUGCCAGGUUAAGUGCGAAGUUUGUACAAAGGUACUGGAAGAGCAUACAUGUAAAUAGAACUUGUAUAAGCAACGGAAUAAUAAUGUCCAAAUGUUUUAUAUAAGGCCAUUAUAUAUUUAAUGCAUAUUUACAAAAAUUAUUUAUUGAAAUCAAUAAGUUACAAAAUCAAGCAUUCUGCUAAGCUUCCUGGUAUUUAUUCUUUAACAAUUAAAUAGGUUACUAAAUCAUUCGAUUUUCAUUCCUGCGAAAUAAAUAUAGAGUUAACUCAAACUAUUUAACAAUAUUUAAAAUUAAGGCUUGAUUAAAUUAAUAUUUAAAUUUUUUGGCAAAAGAAUUGGGAAAGUAUUUUUACAUGCGCCGGUAUCAGAAUUCGGAACUAAGCAUGUACGUUACUGCUAAUUCGUAAUAAUUUGUAUUCAGCGUAAAAUAGCUUCGAUUUUCAAUACUUCUAAGCUUUUAGUAAGUUUAAUUCGUAAAACGAGUGUAUUAAUAAGUCAGAAUGAUUGCAACUGAUUUUAAAAUAUACAAACUGAUGAGUGUGACGUGUAGCUAAUAAUUCGAUUUUAGCUCUAGAAUAAGUUUACUUAGAUCUAAGUAGAUGCAAUGAUCAACUAAUGCUCGUAACGUAACUUACUUUUGUAAGUAUACAUAUAUAUAAUUUAGAAUUGUGUGUCUUCUAACGUAUGCGAGCACACUUUUCAAUAUAAAAUGUCCAAUUAGUGUUUCAAAAGUUAAGUCGAACAAUGAAUGAUGAAAUAUUGGCUCUCAUCUGUAGAAUCAUAUGCAAAUUACGAAUAAAAAAAUUGUACAUGUGGAAACCAAA